AUGUUUUGUAACCUUCUGCAAGAGUACCAAAAAUCCGAGGAAGAUCGUCAGCCGAAUCGCCAGCCCUCACAACAAGAACAAACAAAUCGAACACAUACCACAUCUUUACGAAUUCCCGCACUCGGUGCCAGUCGACCGGAGUCAUUUGGUGGCCUCGGGUCACAGAUUUCCCAUAAUGAAAAUGGGAAAAAUCGCAGCGCUUCCAUCGACUCGCAGCAUCCUGGAACUGAUCCGGACGCAACGGCAGGAGAUGCAAGCUCAAUCGGCUGGAGUACCAGUGGGAGUGGAUGUGGUCCCACGGGGACGCCAGCUGGGAUCGAUCGAACCCAGACCUGUGGUCCCUUUAUAAACGAAUUGGGCUGUGUAUCUGGUCGGACAGAUGUCAAACCAUCACGUCACAGUCGCAGUGUAAGCGAUUUGGAACGCGAACUUGAUGGAGAUCCAAAUCGCACAAACUGUGCAACCAGUCUCACCAGUCUGUUUUCGUGUACCACAAACGAUAAACGUGCCGGAGAGGUGGUUUCCUCGUGUCAAACAAUGACCUCAGAACAACCAGAAAGAACACGUAUAAAAUCUCGUACACGGUCAUUGAAAAAGCGUCUUUUUGGAGGUGGUCCCUCGGCGCGAAGGUGUCACAGUCGUCCGAUCGCACAUAUCAGUGCACCCUUUAAUGUCAGCGUCCCUGCCUGGGUGCGAGCGAGUAUGAAUGACCUGACCAAAUCAGUAUCAGAUGCCCAUCCAACCAUAUGA